UACGUCAUACGGCCUAAACCAGGAAGUAAGAAAUAUCAACAAUCAGGCCAGAACGAGAAGAGUGACGCGAUCGCCUGUUGGCGUUUAAAAAUUUAAAAGGACCUUUAUUGCUAUAUAGUUUAGAAUCGCAGAAUGUCCGUGUUUGGGAAGCUGUUCGGCGGUGGGGGCAAAGGAGGUAAAGGGCCAAGUGCACAAGAGGCGAUUCAGAAGCUCCGAGAGACCGAGGAAAUGUUAACGAAGAAACAGGAAUUUCUAGAGAAAAAAAUUGACCAGGAACUCAUUACUGCGAAGAAAAACGGAACUAAAAACAAACGGGCGGCCCUGCAGGCCUUGAAAAGGAAGAAGCGGUAUGAGAAGCAGCUUACCCAGAUUGAUGGCACAUUGUCCACCAUCGAGUUCCAGAGAGAGGCACUGGAAAAUGCUAACACCAACACUGAAGUGCUCAAGAACAUGGGCUUUGCUGCCAAGGCAAUGAAGGCUGCCCAUGAAAACAUGGACAUAGACAAAGUAGAUGACUUGAUGCAAGACAUCACUGAGCAGCAGGAGCUAGCGCAAGAGAUCUCAGAUGCCAUCUCAAAACCUGUAGGCUUUGGAGAGGAGUUUGAUGAGGAUGAACUCCUAGCAGAAUUGGAUGAGCUGGAACAAGAGGAAUUGGACAAAAACUUGCUGGAGAUUGGCGGGACAGAAAAUGUCCCUCUACCCAAUGUGCCUUCUACUUCAUUACCCUCAAGACCUGCCAAGAAGGAGGAUGAAGAUGAGCAUGACAUGGAGGACUUACAGCGCUGGGCGAUGGAGGCUAACUAGUUGCAUUACUGACACCACUUGUUGUAGAGGGGAAGAAAGGACUAAUUGAAUAUGGUUGUUUUGUGUCCGAGAGCCAACCAUCUUCUAAAACUAACACUAGAAAGGCCAAUGCUGUAGGUUCUGUUUCCAGCCCAAAACCAGAGAAAGGUUACCAUGGCCUUCCAUUAAAAGAGGAAGUUCAGAAGCUGUAUAAAAGCUAUAAACAGGAUGUUUGAAUCAGAAAAUGUCUUUGGAAAUUUCUACCAAAAAGUUUGAGCAUAAUUGUUUGGCAGUGAUUGUACUAUCACUGAACUGUUCUAUUGUCUUUGAUGCUAUGAACUUCACUGAAAGGCAAACAUUUGUUUUUAAUACAUGGGCGUUGCAAUGUCUCUCUUUCCGACUUAAACAUAUUUACCGUGUGGUGGGUGUGGGCUGGAUAUAUUUAUUCACUUUUACUUUUUGUUUGUAGUUUCUCCCAAAAUAAGAUGGAAAUAUGAGCAUGCUCUCAUGGUAAUGUUUAGAAGGGUCUAUUUUCUGGAUUGUUUUUCUGAAUUUUGUUUUACAUAUUUUUUCCCCUUAUCAAAUUUUGGUGAUUCCCAUCUACUAAGCAUCUUCACCAUGUGGCCCUUGCUAUUUGAUGUAAAUAUCUAAAUAAUUUAUAUUUUUGCUGUCACAGAAGGUUUUCUUCAUGUUGUGCUAAGCAUGCAAUGAGGGAAAACUUAAAACACUGCACAGCUUCAGAGAAAUUAUGAACCCCAACCAGUUAUGUUCUCUGUGUCAUUUCUGAAAGGGUUCAUUUUGAAUUAUAUAAGUUUGGGGAAAAAUCACCAUCUUAACUGCAGGGGGGAAAAAUAGACUUCAUGGUUUGUCAUGAUUAGACUAGUAGAUACAGUAUCAACAUUUGGGGUUUGAGGAUUACUUUUAUUUUAUUUUUUACACAAUGUACAUUUUUUUUUACAUAGGAAAAGAAUAUUCACAAGGAUAAGCAUGUUUGCAUUUCAAUGGUUUAAUUGUCCAGAUGAGAAUAUUAUUUGGAAAAUAAUUAAAGUUGUUGAUUAUUUUGUGGUGCAGGUUGUUUUUCUUGGUAAGGCAUCAGUGUACAAAACAAUAAGAUAAUCUGUGAAUUCAAAACUCAAUAAAGUAGGAAAUCUUUA